GGGUAGCUUGAAAGCAGCUGCGUACGCUUCAUGUCUCGGUAUAAGUACUGUGACGUCGCCGGGUUACGAGCUGAGUGGUUUCUAACUGAGCUUACGCAGGGAGCUUAAGGGACUCUCCACCGUGCAAGAUGAGGUCGACUGUUCUCUCCGGAUUCAUAGUGCUCAUCGUCUGCAGUGCUGUCCAUAGCGAAGGAAGCUGGCUCACCCACGCAAGGACGGCACGGGCUGCCAUGUACCCACAAGCACACGGCAUGAUGCAGCCGGAAGUUAUGCCUCUCUCAGGGUCCGGAGGUUUCCACGGGGGUGAUUCGGCAAUGUCAUUUGGGAGGAACGUAGGCUUCACUGGGGGCUCAGCACCUGCGCCCCAUGGCAUGAUGGGGGACCAUACUAUGGGAUCCAUGGGAUCCAUGGGACGAAUGCCUACCGGCGGUUUGCCGGGAAUGGACGGUGACGCGCCUCUGGCUGGUGGCCAACCUCCCUCGUCGCAUUUCUUCGGUUGAAGAAUCUAGUCUGGGGUACAACGUUUCAACGGGCACACAUCGGUCAGUGGACUGAGAAGAAGCAUCUAGUUUGACGACAUGCCGGCGAUUUCACCUGUAAUAAAUGUAUGAUGCACUCUCAUACAA